AUGGAGGAGCUAGGGUUUGGCUGCACGGACACGGUGGAGCACUGCAAGGCCGUGCUCAAGGAGCACAGCGCCGGCAGCAGCAUCAGCGAAGCGGACGUUGCGCGGGUCAUGGGAGUGGUGGCGAAGGGUUCCGUGGAAACUCGUGGCGGGGGUGGCGGCGCUGGGCCGCUCACGUUCUGGAACGUGGAUGUGCUGGUUGAAGCCAUUGUUCAGCUGGUGAGUGUCUUCAGCUGCGCCGGUAGCAGCAUCAGCGAGGCGGACGUCGCGCGGGUCAUGGGGGUGGUGGCGAAGGGUUUCGUGGAGACUCGUGACGGGGGUGGCGGUGCUGGGCCGCUCACGUUCUGGAACGUGGAUGUGCUGGUUGAAGCCAUUGUUCAGCUGGCGCCGAGGCUGAGCUGGUCGUCGGUGAUCAACCAUCUGGACUACCCGGGCUUCUUUGUCAAGGAUCAGAAGGGCUUCAGCGCGCUCGUGCUUAUGCACUCCAAAGCUACCAAGGAGCUCUUCCCCCUGCCGUCCGUAUGCAGCAAGCUGUGGGCGAACGCGGAGGGGCAGCUCUCCUUCCUCCGCCACGCGGUCUCCGCGCCCCCCGAAGUCUUCACCUUCGCGCACUCCCCCCGCCAAACCCCCCCCAUGGACAACCUCCACGGGCACAAGCUCCCCACGGGCACCCCCAACUGCGCCUGGGUCUCCCUAGACCUUCUCGAAGCCCUCUGUAGGAUCGGCGAGACUGGGAGGAAGGCGGAGGUGGUGGAAGUGCUGGGGUACCCGAUAAAGCACUGCCCGGAGGUGCUUAUAGUGGGGCUGGCGCAGGUGAAGACGCCCGGAGGGGGGGUGAUUCAGAGGGAGGUUCUGGGGGCGUUGGUGCCUCUGUAUCUGGCGAAUAAUCCGAACUCGAGCAUUGUGCUGCAUGCGCUGUGGGGGGUGCCCGGGGGAAAGGACGUGGUGAUGCAGGCGAUGGUGGGCAUGCACGCCAGCGAUCCCACCAGCAUUGCUCGCCUGCUCGAUGUGUGCCAGGAUCUCAAGGCUCUCUCGGUGGUGCUGGAGAGCACGCCCUUCUCUUUCUCCCUGGACCUCGCUUCUCUUGCCUCUCGCCGCGAGUACCUCAACCUCGAGAAGUGGCUGCAGGAGGCGCUCACUCUGCACCGCGACUCGCUCUUCAAGGCGUGUCUGCAGUUCCUGAGGGCCAAGCUGGUGCAGGACAGUCAGGACGCCAGUGCACAGCGAAUCAACCUUUCUCUGGAAACGCUCGCCAUCUUCUUCAAGGUCCUCCAAGCCAACGCGCCGCAGCUGCAGGCGCCCGAGCUGGGCGAUGAGCUUAAAGCCCUGUACGCGUCCGCGCUGCAGCUGCACCCGGCGCUGCAGACCGUGGCAGUGCCUGAGCAGGCCCCUGCAGACGUGUUUGCGAGCGACAUAGAGGAGGAGGCGAAUGCGUACUUCCAGAAGAUCUACGUGGGGCAGUUGAGCAUUGAGGAGGUGGUGGAUAUGCUGAAGCGCUUCAACGGCUCCUCCGUGCAAAGGGAGCAAGAUGUGUUUGCGUGCAUGAUUCAGAGCCUAUUUGACGAGUACCGCUUCUUCCCGCGCUACCCCGACAAGGAGCUCCGCAUCACUGCUGUCCUCUUCGGCUUGCUGUUCCUGGUGGAACGCCCUUGGAAGGCAUGUUCUGUCGAGUAUCGCUUCUUCCUGCGCUACCCCGACAAGGAGCUCCGCAUCACUGCUGUCCUCUUCGGCUUGCUGUUCCUGGUGGAACGCCCUUGGAAGGCAUGUUCUGUCGAGUAUCGCUUCUUCCUGCGCUAUCCCGACAAGGAGCUCCGCAUCACUGCUGUCCUCUUCGGCUCUCUGGUAAAGCAUCAGCUAGUAUCAUCGAUUACCCUAGGCAUAGCCCUCCGCUGUGAGCUAGGUGCCCUCAAGAAGCCGUCCGGCUCCAAGAUGUUCUCCUUUGGCGUCCAGUUCCGCCAGCACCUCACAUACCCCCCCUUUCGUACGCUCCCUUUUUCCCCUCACCCCGUUCCUCCCCCCCCUCACUUCCUCCCUCUCCCAGGCUCCCUGGUGAAGCACCAGCUAGUGUCGUCCAUCACCCUGGGCAUAGCCCUGCGCUGUGUGCUAGACGCACUCAAGAAGCCCUCCGACUCCAAGAUGUUCUCCUUUGGCGUCACCGCGCUCGAGCAGUUCCACCAGCGCCUGCCCGAGUGGCCGCCCUACUGCACGCACAUCCUGCACAUCCCGCACCUGCAGGACGUGCACCCGCGCCUGUACGCGUUAGUUCAGGCUGCUGCAGCGGCGCCAGCGAGUAAAGGCGUGGCUGGGGAAGGUUUAUCUGGUGCAGGCGGUGCUGCUGCUGCUGCUGGCGGUGGCGGUGGUGGUGCUGCUGCUGGUGGUGCUGGUGGUGGUGCUGCAGGUGCUGGUAACGUGGGAGGGAAUGGGGAGGGUGGGGUGGUGGCAGGGGCAGGGGCAGGGGCAGGUGGUCCCAGUGCUGUUAGUGGUGCUGCUGCCGCUGGUGCGGCUGCUGGUGCUGCUGGCGGUGUUUCCACUGGUGGGGCUGGUGGGGGAGGAGGGGGUGUGGAUGGUGGAGGUGCCAUUGGUGCAGGCGACAAGGGGAAGGGUGCUUCUGGUGGUGGUGAUACUGGGGGUGUGGGGCCUCAGGAUAAGGCGGGGAAGUCAGCGGAUGGUGUGGCAGGGAAGGGAGCAGUGGAGGGGAAGGAUGGUGCUGGGGGGGUAACACAGGGGCAGGCGCAGGGACAGGCACCAGGGCAGGGGCAGGUGAAAGCAGAGCAAAAGAAGGAAGAGGCGGAAGAGAAGCAGGGAGAGCAGCAAGAUGGGGCUGUGGGAGGGAAGGCAGAGGCAGGUAGUGCAGGGCAAGCGGCUGUGCAGAGCCCCGCGAAGGAUUCCAUUCUAUUCAAGCCGUCAGGUGCCGCCUUGGCCCCAAUUGGAGGGUCAGGAGGCUCACAGAAGCUGGAGGCUCUGCGUCCGCGUGGGGGUUCAGGUGCGGGAGUGGCUACCAGAGCGCCUGCUGCUGGGUUUGGGCAUGCGCUCAACAUUGAGACGCUUAUGGCUGCAGCAGAGAAGCGAGAAAGCCCCAUCGAGAUGCCCUCGUCAGACGCACAGGACAAGGUGGCGUUUAUCAUCAACAACAUCGCGGCGGCAAAUCUGGACCAGAAGGCCAAGGAGAUCCUCGAGGUGCUCAAGGAGCCCUUCUUCCCCUGGUUCGCGCAGUACCUCGUCAUGAAGAGAGCGAGCAUAGAGCCCAACUUUCACGAGCUCUACCUCAAGUUUGUUGACAAGAUGGCGGCCAAAUCGCUGCAGAAGGAAGUGGUGAAGGCGACCUACGAGAACUGCAAGGUUCUGCUGCGAUCAGAGCUGAUCCGGUCCAGCAGUGAGGAGCGCUCGCUGCUCAAGAACAUCGGCAGCUGGCUGGGCCGACUCACCAUUGGCCGGAACCAGCCGCUGCGCGCCAACCAGAUCAACCCGAAGAAUCUUAUCAUCGAGGCAUACGAGAAGGGUCUUAUGAUUGCCAUCAUUCCAUUCACAUCCAAAAUUCUGGAACCCUGUGCGAACAGUGUGAUCUACCAGCCACCCAACCCCUGGACCGUGGGCAUCCUGGGUCUGCUGGUGGAGAUUUACAGCCUGCCCAACCUGAAGCUCAAUCUCAAGUUCGACAUUGAGGUGCUGUUUAAAAACCUGGGGAUCGAGAUGAAGGAGGUGAAGCCGUCGCAGCUGCUAGUUGGGCGGCAGAGGGAGAUGGAGGGAAAUCCGGACUUCUCAAACAAGGACCUGCUAGCUGCCCACCUAUCCGCUGCAGGAGGAGCGGGGGCAGGAGGAGCAGGGUCAGGAAGGGGUUCCCCUCAGCCUCUUGUGCGGUCAGCUGUUGCGUCCCCUGAGCCGCCUGGUCCUGCUGGUAGAGGGGCCAUGGGAGUGCCUGGUGCAGGGAAGGCGGAACAGCAGUCAUCGGUGUUGCUGCCCAACCUGGCAUCCUACAUCGUCAUCAGCCCCAAGCUCGCUCCAGUGGCACAACAGCUGCAGCUCGCAAGGAUCGUGCCUGCGUGCAUGGACCGGGCGGUGAGGGAGAUUGUGUCGCCAGUGGUGGAGAGGAGCUGCAGCAUUGCGUGCAUGACCACACGCGAGCUGGUGCUCAAGGACUUUGCAAUGGAGGCGGACGACAGCCGCACACAGAAGGCAGCUAACCUCAUGGUGGCAAGCCUCGCGGGCAGUCUGGCGCUCGUCACGUGCAAGGAGCCUCUGCGUAUGGCGACGGCAAACCACCUGAGGACGCUUCUGCAGGCAGCCCUGGCAGGGGCGGAGCUUGAGCAGGUGGCUCAGCUGCUGACCCCUCCUCCCCUCUCUUUUCUUGUCCGUGCCCUUUCCUCCCACCCCUCCCACCCCACUUAUGCCUCCCAUUCGCCCGCACAGGAGCCUCUGCGUGUGGCAAUGGCGAACCACCUGAGGACGCUGCUCCAGGCGGCACUGGCAGGGGCGGAGCUGGAGCAGGUGGCUCAGCUGCUGGUCAGCGACAACCUCGACCUGGGGUGUGCCGUCAUUGAGAAGGCCGCCAGUGAGAAGCUGCUGGUCAGCGACAACCUCGACCUGGGGUGUGCCGUCAUUGAGAAGUCCGCCAGUGAGAAGCUGCUGGUCAGCGGCAACCUCGACCUGGGGUGUGCCGUCAUUGAGAAGUCCGCCAGUGAGAAGGUGUCAUCAGCUGGAGUGGAGCAUGUGGCUCAGCUGCUGGUCAGCGGCAACCUCGACCUGGGGUGUGCCGUCAUUGAGAAGUCCGCCAGUGAGAAGCUGCUGGUCAGCGGCAACUUGGAUCUUGGGUGUGCCGUUAUUGAGAAGGCUGCCAGUGAGAAGGUGAGAGGCGUUUGCGAGUGCUGUGACGUUGUUGGCUCAAGUGAAAGUCACCAGCUGAAGCAGGUGGCUCAGCUGCUGGUCAGCGACAACUUGGAUUUAGGGUGUGCCGUUAUUGAGAAGGCUGCCAGUGAGAAGGUGAGAGGCGUUUGCGAGUGCUGUGACGUUGUUGGCUCAGGUGAAAGUCACCAGCUGAAGCAGGUGGCUCAGGUGCUGGCUGUGCGCGAUUUAGAAGAGGUACUGGGGCCAGCACUAGCCAUGCGGCGCAAGCAGCGGGAGGCACUGGGAGCUGCCUACUAUGAUGCAUCCAUCUACUCCCAGGGCAGCCUUGCCCGCAUCCCAGAGGCCCUCAGGCCCAAACCCGGGCGGCUCACGCUGGUCCAGCAGAGAAUCUAUGAGGAUUUCGCGCAUCUGCCCUGGCAGGGGCAGGUGCCUCAGGCGGGAGCGGCGGCUGCUGCUGCUGCUGCUGUGCUGGGCGGGGCUGGAGGGGCGGGGCAGGGCGGGCAGCAGAUGGGGCAGGGCGGGCAGGGGCAGAUGGUGCUUGGGCAGGGGCAAGGACAGGGGCCGCAGCAGGUGGGGCAGCAGGGGCAGCAACAGGUGGGUGGAGUGGUUGGUGGUGGUGCUGCUGGUGGGGGCAUGGGAGGGAUGAUUUCGGGGCUGCCUGGAUCGUCCAUGUCUCCUGUCCCUGGUAUCCCUGGCGCUGCUUCUGGCGCUGCUAGCGCGGUGGCAGGCCCCCCUGGGUUGGCCAAAAUCCCGAUGGUUGCGGAGGGUCCUCUGGCGUAUGCUGGGAGCCCUGCUCCUCCCAUGGACCUCCCAGGCCUCAACCAGCAGGUGGAUUCAUCAGCGUUGCCACAGUCAGCUAACGCUCCUCCCGACCACGAGAUCAAGGCGCAGGCAGUGGCGUUGUUUGACGACUGGGUGCGGGUGAGCGAGGCGGCGGGCAGCAACGACAAGGCAGUGGUGGUGUUUCUCUCGCAGCUGCAGCACUCCUCGCUGCUCGCCUCAGAGGACGCCGCUGAGAGGCUCUUCCGCACGCUCACAGACAUGGUCGUCGCGCACUGCCUCGCCUCCUCCCAGCCUCUCAACCCGCCCCCGCCUGCCGCCCCUGGGAGCGGCCAGGUGCCGCCGGCCCGAGGGCUGAAUUUCACGGCUGUCGACAUGUUCAGCCGCCUCGUGGUUCUGCUUAUCAAGUACUACGUGGAUUUGGGAGGCAAUGCGAAUCUGAGCAAGGUGAAUCUGCUGAACAAGGUGCUGUCGGGCGUGGUGAGAGUCAUCCACCGCCAGGCCGACGAGCGCCGCCUCACCAACCCUCGCCCCUUCUUCCGCCUCCUCGCCAACCUUCUGAUCGACUUGAACGCGCCGGAUCCCAACUUUGAUGCCGCCACUCACCAGGUGCUCACCACCCUGGCGGCCACCUUCCAUGCUCUGCAGCCUCUUCGAGUGCCCUCGUUCAGCUUCGCAUGGUUGGAGCUCAUCUCCCAUCGCUCCUUCAUGCCCAAGCUGCUGCUCUUCCCCGGGCAGAAGGGGUGGCCCUGGUUCCAGCGCCUGCUGCUCUCACUCUUUAAAUUCAUGGAGCCGUACCUCAGGGAUGCAGAGCUCAGCGACCCGAUCCGCUUGAUGUACAAGGGAGCUAUCCGCGUGCUGCUGGUGCUGCUGCAUGAUUUCCCCGAGUUCCUCUGCGACUACCACUUCAGCUUCUGUGACAUCAUCCCCCCCACGUGCAUUCAAAUGCGCAACCUGGUGCUAUCCGCCUUCCCGCGCAACAUGCGUCUCCCCGACCCCUUCACACCCAACCUCAAGCACACUACCCCACGCACUGCACCACCAUCCCAUCAUUCCCCCCACCUGCAUUCAAAUGCGCAACCUGGUGCUAUCCGCCUUCCCGCGCAACAUGCGUCUCCCCGACCCCUUCACACCCAACCUCAAGCUGACCAGCAGGCUUGGUGUGGUCUCAGUGUGCGUCUGGGUACUCUGCAUUACAUCCUGUGGACUGGGACUGUCACCAACUACCCCACGCACUGCACCACCAUCCCAUCAUUCCCCCCACCUGCAUUCAAAUGCGCACCUGGUGCUCUCCGCCUUCCCCCGUAA